GGACCUCGCUGUGACCACUGUGCCAAAGGUUAUCGACGCUACCCUGCCUGUGAACCCUGCCCGUGCGACAGGGCGGGCUCCGUCAACGAGGAGUGUGACGGCGAAUGCAUCUGCAAGCCGAACGUGCGAGGUCCACGCUGCGACACCUGCGCGCCCGGACACUUCCACCUGGACGCCCACAACCCCGUCGGCUGCACGCCCUGCUACUGCAACGGGGUCACCAACGCUUGCGGGGCGGCGGCGCUGGCGGUCUACACGGUGGUGGAGCACGAGAACUGGAGCGUGGCGGACCUCUCCCUCAAGCGCGUGGUGGCGGCGGCGCGCGAGGGAACCGACGUCCACAUCGCCCACGACGACAUGGGCUUCUUCGAGGCCUACUACUGGCUCGCCCCUCAGGAGUACCUGGGCAGGAGGAUGACCUCCUACGGGCAGACGCUGACGGUGAAGGUGUCUUGGGUCCGCCUUCGAGGAGACACGUCAGGAAGGCCCACGCGAUGUCCUGACGUCAUCAUCGAGGGCGCCGGCUACCGCAUAGCCUACGGGGACAACUCGCACCGAGGUCGGAAAGCCACGCUGGAGAUCCCCUUCUACGAGCACGACUGGUUCCACUUCCCGAAGGACAUCACUGACAUCACCUCGAAGACCCAGUCGACGUCCUACCGCGGGGAGGCCGUCACCAGGAGGCAGAUGAUGGAGAUCCUGAGCUCGAUGGAGAGCCUCAUGAUCCGAGCUCGAUACCACACCGUGCAGGUCGAGGGCGUCCUCCACGACGUGAUCCUGGAGUACGGCAAGGAGGGCACGGCCACCCUGGUGACGGGCGCCGUCGAGAGGUGCAACUGUCCCCGGCCGGGGUAUCGGCGCGUCAACAACACCAUCUUCGGCGGCGAGUGCAGGAGGUGCGAGUGCAACGGCCACGUCGACGCCUGCGACCCCUUCACGGGCGCCUGCGGGGAGUGCCAGCACAACACCGUGGGCGUGCACUGCGAGCGCUGCAAGGCCGGCUACUUCGGCGACCCCGCCCUCGGCACCCCCGACGCGUGCCAGCCGUGCGCGUGCCCGCUGGCCUCGGCGACAAACCACUUCACCCCCGCUGCGUGCCCGACCUCGACCUCGGGUACAAGUGCCAGUGCCCCGCCGGCUACGAGGGCCCCCGAUGCGAGACGUAGGGCCUUGCGCCGACGGAUUUACUUCGGCAAACGCUUGGUGCCCGAAGCAACUUUCUGCCAGCCGUGCGAGUGCAAUGGCAACCUUGACUUCCGCGAGACGAACAACUGCGACCGGCAGACGGGCGAGUGCCUCAAGUGCGUUGGCAACACUGCGGGCUGGCACUGCGAGCCUCUGCAAGGAAACACUACGGGAUCCAAGAGUCGGUCGUGGGCUUGA